CUCCUCUCAGGCCUCCCUACUUUUUACCCGAUCGCCGUGUUAUCUACUUCGCCAGCAGCAAAGAUAGUCAGUUCAGUAUGAGUUCCCGCAUGGUAAAAUUCAGGAUCUGCAUCUGUUAUGCAACUCAUCUUCCAGAGUGCACUGAAAACUCCCAAAUGCAUGCUUACACUACAGUUGCAGUUGGGAAGCAUAGAGUGAAGAAAACUCGAACCAGCUCGCUUAACAUGAGAAGCUCGCUUUGGUAUUCCGUCUUAUUUUUCACAUUAGACGUGUCAGAGGUUGAUCAAGAAGGGGUCAUGGUUUCUAUCAAGUUAUACCGGAAGGAUGCCAAUUCCAAAAAUGACGAGUACAUUGGUGGAGUGUACAAAUCUUUAAAUCAGUUUUGGAAUGAGAGGGUGAUGAAUGACCUCACAUGGUGUGAUUUACCCUUGAAAAAGGAUUUGGGUGAAUUUAUUGGAUGGAUACAUUUUGCUUACGGGUUUAUUGAAGAUCCCUGGUGGAACAAAUUGAGUAAGAAAAAGAUUUCCUGUACGCCGAUUUUCUGUGGCUUAAACUCUAAGUUUUCUCAUGGAAGCAAAAAGAUCAUUGGUUUCUCUUACAAAGCUAAUGAAUGUGCUUCGAUAGAGCCCAACUUUACAAGCUGUGUAGAAGGAGCCUUGGGCAUUCGGGACUGGUUGGAAUCACAAGGUCACCAGUACAUUGUCAUCGACGGCAAAGAUGGAUCUGAUUGUGAACUUGAAAAGCAUAUUCCUGAUCUCCACGUGCUGAUAACUACCCCUUUCCAUCCGACCUAUGCAACGGCUGAAAGGAUCAAGAAGGCCAAAAAAUUGCAACUGGUGCUCACAGCUGGAAUUGGUUCUGAUCUUGUUGAUUUGAAGGCAGCAGCUGCUGCUUGUUUAACAGUUGUAGACGUCACUGGAAACAAUGUAGUCUCUGUUGCAGAUGAUGAGCUCAUGAGAAUCCUCAUACUUGUCAAGAAUCUUUUGCCUCGAUACCAUCAAGUUUUCAGCAGGGAGAGGAAUGUUACAGCUAUUGCUCAUAGAGCUUAUCAUCUUGAAGGAAAGACGGUGGGAAUUGUUGGCGCUGGACGUAUUAGCAGGCUUUUACUUCAACGUUUGGAGCCUUUCAACUGUAACCUCCUAUAUCAUGAUUGGGUCAAGAUGGACUCAGAAUUGGAGAAUCAAACAGGGGCAAAGUUCGAGGAGGAUCUUGACUCAAUGAUUGCCCAUUGUGACAUAAUUGUCAUCAAUACACCUCUCAUGGAGAAAACAAAAGGGAUGUUUGACAAAGAUAGGAUUGCUAAGCUGAAGAAGGGAGUUCUAAUUGUUAACAAUGCUUGGGGAGCAAUCACAGAUGCACAAGCAGUUGUUGAUGCUUAUUCUAGCGGACAAAUUGCAGGUUACAGUGGGUAUGUUUGGUACCCACACCCAUCUCGGCAUUGGAAAUGCAUGCCAAUCCAAGCUAUGACCCCUCAUAUUUCUGGCACGACCAUUGAUGCGCAGUUGCAAUAUGCGGCUGGAGUGAAGGAUAUGCUAAAGAGGUACUUAAAGGGUGAAGAUUUUCCUCCACAAAAUUACAUUGUCAAGGAGGGUCAACUAGUAAGCUACUGAAGAUGAUGCUAGUAAUGCUCGUAAGUGGAUCUCUCGAAUCGUCUUCAUUUUACCUCCAUGCAAUUAUAAUUGUGGAGGACCUGGAAUGGAAAAUUUGUAAAUUUCACAUUCAUUCUCUUGCCCUUUUUGUUUUCUCGGUAAGUAAAUGGAUAUUUGGGAAUUGGGAGUCGUGAAAUUUAGAUAUACAAAUUGGCAAUGGUUAGAAGAAUAAUGUAUAAAGAAAUAUGGAACCGUGCGCGCGCAC